AUGUCCACAACCCUUGGCUCCUUCAUCGCCGGCGGUAUAGCAGCCUGCGGUGCCGUCACAGUAACCCACGGCUUCGAAACAGUCAAGAUCCGACUACAAUUACAAGGAGAGCUCCGGUCAAAAAACGAGGCGCCGCGGUUAUACAAAGGCGUCUUCCACGGCGUCAGCGUUAUCCUCAAAAAUGAAGGACCACGGGGCUUGUUGCGCGGUUUGGGCUGUGCUGUAUGUCUUGCCAGUGUUCUUUCCAGGCCAAUUGCUAGCCCGAGGUGGCAGAUACAGAGGACCUGGCUAACGAUGCGCAAACAGUAUGUCUACCAAAUGACGCUCAAUGGCUGCCGUCUCGGCUUCUACGAACCGCUCCGCAAAUCCGUAACCAGCCUAAUCUACCACGACCCAGCCUUCCAGUCAUUCGGUAUCAACAUCUUCUCGGGCGCUGCCUCCGGUAUCCUCGGCGCAGUCGCAGGCUCGCCCUUCUUCCUCGUAAAAACCCGCCUGCAAUCCUACUCCCCCUUCCUGCCCGUCGGCACACAGCACAUGUACAAAGGCGCACUCGAUGGCCUGCGGCAAAUAUACACAUCCGAGGGCGUAAAAGGGCUGUACAGAGGUGUCGGGCCUGCCAUGGUGCGGACGGGGUUUGGCAGCUCUGUACAACUACCAACAUACUUCUUCGCAAAGAGGCGGCUCGUAAAACACUUGGGCAUGCAGGAAGGGAUGCCAUUACACGUGGCGAGUAGCACAGCGAGCGGCUUCGUCGUGUGUUGCGUCAUGCACCCUCCAGACACGAUCAUGAGCCGCAUGUACAACCAAACCGGCAAUCUCUACACCUCGGCCUUUGACUGCCUGUCGAAGACGGUCAAAUCAGAAGGUGUCCUAGCGCUCUACAAGGGAUACUUUGCACAUCUAGCCAGAAUCCUGCCACAUACGAUUCUCACGCUUACGCUAGCGGAGCAGACGAUUAAGAUUAUGCGCAAGGUGGAGGAUAAAAUACUUUCACCUGAGCUCAAGGAAAAGAUAUGA